GCAACGAUUUGGGCAACACGACUACCACGCCGGUUUCGAGGUUUUUGUUGUAGACGCAGUCCAUGGACCGACGCGAUCAGUAGCCGUCCAUUCUGGGCCUCUAAGAUUCUCGAAGCGGUCGAUCCUGUGGACUGGGUCUACGCUGAAUCUACGGAACCAACCGACUAACGAGGUAACCAACUGUUUACUGGUCUCCAUCAAGUUUAUAACCGCUCGCGUCGCGCCCAUCUCCACCAAUCCACCACCGCCACGCCACUUCACCCUUGUUUUUUUUUUCCCCUUCUCGCAAAGUUCAAACCCCCUCUUCUUCCCUCCCUCCUCUCCUCUCCUCGCUUCCGGGUUCCGCCGCGGCUUCAUCCGAUCGCCCGCGCCAAGAACUCGAUCCUCAUGGAGGAAGGCAAGCACGCGGUUGUUGAUCUCUCCGAGGAGGAGGAGCGCAGAGGAGGAGGGGCUCCGGGGGAGGGUAGCUCCGACGAGGUCGGCGAUGCCGUGGGCCUGGGGCGAGGGGCCGAGUCGACGGAGCCGGAGGGCUCAUCGGCGGUUGACGAUGCCGGCCAUGGGGUCGCGGCGGAGGUUGCCAAGAACGACGAUCUCGAGGAACCGUUGCUCGAGCCGGAGGGAGUCACGGCGGUGGGAAGCGGCGGCGGAGAUGGGACCGCGUCGGACGGCGGCGAGAACGAACUCCAUGAGGUGCCCAAGAACCCGAUGGCGACUCGCUUCGCGUUCCGAGCCACGGAUGCAAACGCGACGCCGGUCUCCACCUAUCGCGGCAUGUUGUCACGAAGCAGGAAGAAUGCCGGCCCGACGCGCUUCGUCUCCGCGGGAGCUCCCCCGUCGGCUGAUCCCGAGACUCCUGCUCUGAGCACGUCGUCGUCAGAGCUCGUGAAAAGCUCACCGGAGAAUGCCUCUGCAGUGCCCGAUGCUGACCAUGGCGCCUCGCCAGGCAGAGGAAACGAGCAGGAUCUUGAGGCGGCCGAGAAGCAGAGCGAGGCUCGCUUCGUGUCCGGCCACACGGCGGCGAACGCGAUGCCCCCCUCCACCUUCCGCAUCCGGCCGUCUCGAAGCAGGAAGCAAUCCAGCCCGACGCGCUCCAUCCUCAGGGAAGCCGAUCCGCCUCUGCCUGCUCCGGACGCGGCGGCGGCGGCGGCGGCGGCGGCGGAGUCCUCGCACCGCGAGCCUUCUCGGAGCAAGAAGCAGCCCCGCCCUGAGCGCUUCAUCCCGGAGGAAGGCGAGGCGGCCGCCCGCGCCAAGGCUUGCCGGAGUGGCAUUGCUCUCGACAGGUUCAUCACCUCUCAGCUCAACAACCCGUCGGGACCGAGCACGGAGUGGGAGAGGGAAGUCACGGCGGCUGACGUCGUCGGCGGCGGCCAGGGAGAGGAAUGCACCACGAGCGAUCAGCCUUCUUGCUCGAUAGCCAUCUCUGAUUCGGGGCCACCUGAAGAGCCGCUACCUGACGACAGGCGAAGAAUCUACAGCGUUCUGGCCGUUCUUGGCGUUUCACUGGCCGUCAGUAUGGCCGUGCUCGCGCUGUUCUACAUCUUUGGAUCCGAGUCUCCAUCUCCGCCCAGCGACCCGAACCAGGAGUGACAGGGAGCGAUCUGAAUGAUUCAAGAUUCAGGAAAGGAUAGCUGACACAAUUCCUUAUCUGUAAUUACUUUUUCCUCUUCGGUGACGCGCUGGUGUUAUCUGCUUCACUGCUUGUAAGGGAGAAGAUUUGCUGAGUUCUGUUCGACGCGUUGCUAUUAGAUGGUUGUAAAUGUAGCAGAAUUACUGAUUACUGUCUGUCUUGUACAGUUUCGAUCGUGUGUUGUUACACGGUCGCUCUGGUGCCUGUAUAUAAGUGAAAGAAAGAAUCACUGCAAGAUAGCAUUAGUUUCAUGAACUUCAGCCUUUCUGUGUUCAGAAUGGUUGCAAUAUGCAGUUUCCUUUUUUUUCGUAAAGAAUCUAAACGAUAUGGAGCUGCCAUUUUUCAGUUCCACAGGAUGAAAAUAUCAGCUUACAGAUUAAUGAAUUCUUGUUAUGUGAA